AUGGAGGCUGAAAUCAAGACUGCCCUACCGAGCAUCGAUCCUGUAGUUCUAGGAUACUCGGUGGGAUAUCUCACUCAUGCGUCAAAUGUUUAUGUACCAGAUACCGAGGCCGUUGGACCGACGCCCAUAGAGGAAGCGGCAGCCUCAAUCACAGCUCUUCUGGUCUCUGCAUCUGGAGACCCAUCGCCUCAGAAUGAAGCAAAGAUUGGUGAGCUUGUGAGAAAAUGGGCUGAAAAGUUCAAUUCUGCUACGAACGGAGAGCACAGGAAUGUCUCAUCCGCCGCCAGACGAUUAGAUCAAGCGAUUCAGGUGGGAGCCCAGAGAAACAUGUCUUCAACCUUGGGUGUAUCUACGGGAGGUGUUGAUCUGGAAUCGGCCAAUACGAGGAAGCUUGAAUCGAAAGUAGACAGGAAAAAGUUAGAGAAAGCCGAAAGAAAGAUCGCUGCCAAGCAAAGCAAGAAGGUGUUCAAGGCCGUCGAGUAUGAAGCUUCGAAAUUGAUCAACCAGACUGAUGAUGCUCAAUCAUACGAAGAAUUCUUCAUGGCUGUCAACCCUCUACAACUAGGUUCAAACGCGCAAGGUCAACAAAAGAGCAAGGAUAUCAAGCUGGAUGGUAUCGAUGUUACUAUUGGUGGCCUGAGAAUCUUGUCAGAUACCACUUUGACUCUGGCCUUUGGAAGAAGAUAUGGUCUGGUUGGUCAGAACGGUAUCGGUAAAUCUACGCUUUUACGUGCUCUGGCUCGAAGAGAGCUUGCCAUUCCUACCCAUAUUUCUAUUCUUCACGUCGAACAAGAGAUUACUGGAGAUGAUACGCCUGCAUUGCAAGCCGUACUGGAUGCAGAUGUUUGGCGGAAACAUUUGCUUGGAGAGCAGGUCAAACUCACAAGGCAGUUGACCGAGCUUGAGGAGCAGCGGUCAUCAAUGGCGGACACAUCUGCUGACGCCCAGAAGCUUGAUCACGAGCGUGAAGGACUUGACCAGACCUUGGGUGAUGUGCAAGCCAAACUUGCUGAGAUGGAAUCCGACAAAGCAGAAUCUAGAGCCGCCACUAUUUUGGCCGGUCUUGGUUUCUCGCCAGAACGCCAACAAUUUGCCACAAAGACAUUCUCUGGAGGUUGGCGUAUGCGUUUGGCUCUUGCAAGAGCACUUUUCUGCGAGCCUGAUCUGCUGUUACUCGAUGAACCUUCCAAUAUGUUGGAUGUUCCCUCCAUCACUUUCCUUGCCAACUAUCUCCAAGGAUAUCCUAGCACCGUGCUGGUCGUAUCUCACGACAGAGCUUUCCUCAACGAGGUCGCGACCGAUAUCAUCCACCAACACUCUGAGCGUCUUGAUUACUACAAGGGCGCCAAUUUCGAGUCCUUCUAUGCUUCUAAAGAGGAACGUCGUAAGACUGCUAAGAGAGAGUACGAGAACCAGAUGGUACAACGUGCUCACUUGCAAGCUUUCAUUGACAAGUUCCGUUACAAUGCCGCCAAAUCUUCCGAAGCACAGUCACGUAUCAAGAAACUGGAAAAGAUGCCUGUUCUUGAAGCGCCAGAGAGCGAGUACACUGUUCACUUCAAAUUCCCUGAUGUUGAAAAGAUGACUCCACCUAUUGUCCAGAUGACGGACGUUACAUUCGGAUACACUCCAGACAAGAUUCUCCUUCGCAAUGUCGAUUUAGACGUGCAACUCGAUUCGCGAAUUGGUAUCGUAGGACCCAACGGUGCUGGUAAAACCACCAUUCUCAAGCUCCUCAUCGGAAAGCUUUCACCCACAUCCGGCUUGAUAUCUCAAAAUCCACGUCUGCGUAUUGGAUUCUUCGCUCAACAUCACGUCGACGCACUUGAUUUGACCACCAGCGCCGUCAGUUUCAUGGCCAAAAACUACCCUGGUAAACAAGACGAAGAAUACCGUCGUCACUUGGGUGCGUUCGGUAUUACUGGUAUGACUGGUUUACAAAAAAUGGAGAUCUUAUCUGGAGGUCAAAAGUCUCGUGUAGCAUUUGCCUGUCUAUCUCUCACCAACCCACAUAUCCUGGUUCUGGACGAACCUUCCAAUCACUUGGAUAUCGAAGCUAUGGAUGCGUUAAGUAGUGCGUUGAACGCUUUCCAGGGUGGUGUAUUGAUGGUUAGUCACGAUGUUACUAUGCUGCAGACUGUGUGUAAGAGCUUGUGGGUUUGUGAUGGGGGAACUGUGGAGAAAUUCCCUGGUGAUGUUGCUGCUUAUAAGAAGCGUAUCCAGGCCCAGGCUGAUGCGGCUGGUACUGCUGGUGUUGUUGCAAAGCAUUAG